CAGGAGCAGGCUACGGAACCACACAUGCAGUCCAUCUUUACCGAUGUGGGCAAGCUGAGUCUGCAAGACCCCGCUCACAGUGCCAUCAUCCCCACAAUGCUGGGACAGACGGGGAGUCCCAAUAUGGCAGCGGCAUGGCUCAGCCAACAGGGAAAGGCCCACUUUGCCCUGGCCUCGCCCUGCGGAGGCAUUGCAGUUGUCACUCUGCCACCACAUGACUCUCACGGCUCUGUGUCAAAGGUGGAGCUGAAGACGAGUACUGUGAUGCAGAAGCUGACCGGUUGGAUGCCGACAGCCAUCUGGGGGGACCAGAGCCCGGGGGACCUGGCUCUCAGCGUGGCUGUCAGGGAGCUGGAGGAAGACGCCUUCAUCUUUGCCCUCUGCCAGGAUCACAGACUGCGCAUGUGGUCCUUCACGGUCAGACCUUCACCCUGUCACCAACUCUGGCUGUCGUUUAAGAGCUCACAGCUGACCUUCACAAAAAUAUUUUCACCUGAAACAUGUGCUCUUUAUAAUCUCUGACAGCAUAACUCUGCACAAUUUGGUCUCCAUUAAUUGACUAUAAAACAUUGGCAACUAUUGACAUCGGUCUGUGAGUGUGUCUGUGUAAAUGGGUAAAUGUGAGGCAUCAUUGUAAAGCGCUUUGAGUGUAUGAUGCAGAUGGAAAAGCGCUAUAUAAAUGCAGUCCAUUUAUAAAAUGAGAAACUAGAAGAAGGAUGAAGGAAACUAGUGAGGGGAGCCACCAAGACACAGCAGAUGAUUCUGAAACUGAUGAUGACUGUGGCCACUUUUGUACUUUUGUUGUUGUUGAUGACCCCAUUCUGGUUGGGACUAUUCUGCUC